UUAUAGGUGUGUAAGCACCUUAAGGGAAGAUUAAAAGCGAUUCUGACAGUUGAGGUUAGUUUUCAGUUUGACAGCUGUCAAAUUCGAUUGUUUUAAUGUGCAGUUUUACCUAAUAAUAAUUAUAAUUGUUUAUUAUUUACUACUGUGUUGCUACAAAUAUUUUUAAUUCCUGUUACUUUGUAGUGAACGACCAAAUGCUUAAAUUUAUAUUUUUUUCGUUAUGAUUAUUUCAAAUUUUUUUUUUUUUUUCAUUAUUAUCAGUACCUACUGAAAUAUGAAUUCUCCAACAAAAGAAAAUUUGAGAAAACAAAAAAGAGCGGAAGCUCAAAGAAAAAGACGUGAAAAAAUUCGAGAGAAUCCUAUAAAAAAUCUUACAGAAAAAAUUAAGCGGCAUUUAAGAUAUGAAAAAGCAAAAGAAAGAGGAAAAAUAUUAUUAGUAAAGGAUAUGAGUAAAAAAGAGAUUAUGAAAAUGAGAAUAAAACGAAGACAAAGUUACAAACGUAUUAAAGAGAAGAAAUUAAAUGAUAAAAAUUAUUUAAAUGCUGCAGCAAAUGUGAUUAAUGAAAAAUUGGUAGAUAUUAGUUCCACUUCUUUUGAAAAAAGAAAAAAAAAUACCUGUCAGAAUUUACGCACCAAAUCAGUAAGCUGUGAUAAUACGGUAACAAAAAAAUUUCAUUUUUGUUAAAUAUUGAGAAUUUUAUUAGAAUAAUAUUAAAAACCACGAAAUUAAUAUUAGUCCAUGAAAAACUUAACGAGAAUCCUCGCGGAAUUUUCAUUCGGGAAAUCUUAAAUUAUAAUAAAUUUAAUAUUACAGUUAAAAAAAUUGGAUGAAAUUAGACUGGAAGCUCUAGCAAGUUUAGAACAAUCAGACGACGAGGAAACCGAUGAGAUUUAUCAAAAACAUGUUUUUGCAACAAAUUAUAAUCCAAUUUCGAAUAAUGAACAACAAAAUACAG